GGAGGUGGGUCUGUGCAGCCGCGCGGUGGCGCCAGAGUAAAGAGUCGCAGAAGAGCGGCGCGCGGGCCCAGGGACUGCACUUCCUAGGAGGCCUUGCGCGGACGCUCGGGGCGGGGCUGUGUGGGGGGCGGGGCCUCGGGUGGUCUCACUCGCGGCGCUGCGGCUUGGCGGAUGGCGGGGCCGGUGAAGGACCGCGAGGCUUUCCAGAGGCUCAACUUCCUGUACCAGGUGAUUCCGCGACGCCUCCUCCGCCCCAGGGACCCCUCCGUGAAGAGGACUCUCUGUCGUGGCUGCUCUUCCCUCCUCGUCCCGGGCCUCACUUGCACGCAGCGCCAGAGACGACACAGAAGACAGCGCUGGACAGUAAAGACUUGUCUAACAUGCUGGCGCUGCCAGCGCUUCCUGAAUGAUCCUGGACAUCUGCUCUGGGGAGACAGGCCUGAGGCUCAACUGGGGAGCCAGACAGGUGAGAGAUACCAAACCACCACAGUCCUUGCCAGACACAGCCCACCCCAUUCCAGCCCACCUUCCUGAGGAGAAAGUGCAGCCUUAGGGCUUUAGUCACCAGUAAUGGAUUUGCCCCAUCUUCCAAAUAAAUGAAUUUUAAUUCUGUUUUA